CCCGCGGCUGCGCGGCUCGGCCCUGCGCGGAGCGGAGCGAUGGUUCCCGAGCUGGAGAGCGCCACGGUCCGCAUCCUGCACCCGGAGCGUGUGACCGGGAUCAUCCGGUCCCUCAAGGAGCAGGGGACGAGCAAGCUGCAGGUCAUUUCUGACUUCGACAUGACGCUGAGCAGGUUCGGCUGCAACGGCAGGCGCUGCCCCACUUCGCACAAUAUCCUCAACGACAGUCGUGUUAUCAGUGAGGACAGCAAGAGGAAGCUAAAAGAUCUGCUGCACUAUUACUAUCCCAUUGAAAUUGAUCCUAACCGCACCCUGGAAGAGAAACGGCCCCUCAUGGUGGAGUGGUGGAGCAGGGUCCAUGAGCUGCUGUCACAGCAGAGCAUCCGGAAGGGGGACAUAGCCCAGAUCGUCAGCGAGUCGGGUGUGAUGCUGAGGGAUGGAUUCAAGGAAUUGUUUGAUCAGCUGCAUAAGUACAACGUCCCCCUGUUCAUCUUCUCCGCUGGCGUCGGUGAUGUCCUUGAAGAGAUCAUCCGUCAGGCCAACGUCUUCUACUCAAACAUCAACGUGGUGUCCAACUACAUGGACUUUGAUGAGAACGGUGUCCUCACGCGAUUCAAGGGACCUCUCAUCCACACCUACAACAAGAACAACAGCGUCCUGCAAGGCACGGAGUACUUCCAGGAGCUGAGCACCAGGACAAGCAUCAUCCUGCUGGGGGACUCCAUGGGUGACCUGACGAUGGCAGACGGCGUUCCCAGUGUGGAGAACAUCCUCAAGAUUGGCUUCCUCAAUGACAAGGUGGAAGAGCGGAGGGGGAAGUACCUGGGUGCCUACGACAUCGUGCUGGAGAGGGACGAGACGCUGGAUGUGGCCAACGGGAUCCUCCGCUACAUCCUUACGGAGACGUGAGCUGGGAAGGCUCCAGCCCUGCUGCAAAGCACCUCGGUGGUCAGCGUCCUGCCAUUGGCAAAGCUGGAGUUGAUCUUCUGGUACCUGUUGGGCUACAUCCUGACGCUGGGCAGGCUCCUGCCCUUGUGCACAUCCCGACCUCACUAAUCCCCUUUGGGCUGCCCUGGAGCGGGAGGGAUGAGGUGGAGGAAGCUGCUCUGCUGCCUUCACCCCACCUGUGCCCAGAUCUGCUGCUUCCCACUUGGAAUUCAUCCCAUUUGGACUGUGUAUCCCACUCAGGCUUUAUCCCACUCGGACUUCAUCCCUGCCUGGGGCCACAACAACCCCUUCCAUGUCUCAGGUAGAGAUGCUCUGUGCUUGCUGCAGCGGUAAAGCUCGGGAAUGGAGAUGGUUUGUUCAAGGGCAGAUGGAAGUGGUUUAAUUUCACUGUAUUCCUCCCUAAGGAAACAAGUCUCUUCUGUCCUGUUGUCUCUGGGCUUCCCAGUGCCCGGCUGAGCUCUGGUGCUGCCAGGGGUAGCAUCACCCACCCCAAGUGCCUCAUGGGCACCCUGCAGCUCCCAGCCCUGCUGUCCCUCUUGCUCUGUUUCAGCUCUUAGUGCCAGGGCUGCUGCGCCUCUGCUCCCCAGCUCCAGGUAUCCCCAUCCCGGAUGGAGCCCCCGGGCGCUGCAGCACCAUCCCUCAGGAGCGGAGGUUUGGUUUCAAUCCUGCCUGACCCAGCAGUGCUGGAGCCUGGAACCCCCCUGGGCACCAGGCUCCUGCGCAAGGAAUGUUCCAUGGCAAAGUAACCCGACACAAAGCAAAUUCCUUGGAAACCA